AUGAGUGGACAUCAGUCUAUAACAGGCAUCACAAUGAAAUUGCUUCCGAUUAUCGUAUGUUUAGUAGCGUUUGGGCUAUUGUUGAGCACAGAAAUCAGUGCUCAACGCAAGGCAUUGGACGGUCAACUCCAGGGCCUGUCAGUGAUGGGGAGACCGCUUCGGUUUCUUCGAAAGGAACCUUCACGACGCGUAUCAACCAGGACCAUGACCAGGGUCAGUCGCAAGAAAUUCAAACUAGCACCACUUCAGCAACUGAUCAUCUCUUGCAAAAAAUCAUUGUAUCAAGCAAAUAUUUAA